AUUCACGAAUUCAUAACAUAUCACUCUCUCUUUUCCUCGUAGAACAUGAGCAGCGGCGUUGGGGGGUCUAGGGUUUCGAUCCCUAGCAAUGUUCGGAAAACGAUCCAAGACAUAAGAGAGAUCACUGGCAAGCAGCACAGCGACGAUGAAAUCUACGCUGUACUUAAGGAGUGUUCCAUGGAUCCCAACGAGACCGCCCAAAAGCUCCUCUAUUUAGAUACAUUUCACGAGGUUAAAAGGAGACGUGAUCGGAGAAAAGAGAAUUUGAACAGCAAAGUAUCUGAAGAGAGGUCAAAUACUGGCACGCAGAGGAGAGUUGCUAGGGGUGGUGGUCAAGGAAAUUAUGCUUCUGAUGUUGGUGGUGGGAAGCAUUCUGCUCGCAAAGAAAAUGGAGUUAAUCACAUUGCAGAUAGAGGUUCUGUAUCCUCUUCGUUUCCAGUUUCACAGAAAACAAAAAAUAAUGCAGCACCGCAAGUCUCAAAAACGUCAACUGGCAUGGCUAAUGGCCCCACAAAACUACCCAAUGGGACUUCUGAAGGUUAUGCUUCCAAAGUCUCAAUGGGUCCCAAAAGCUCGGUCGUUGAUGCAAACAAAUUGGCAGCUUCAGCUCCUCAGCCUGCCACUGUUGCUGCCUCUACCCAUUCCUCUGGUUCAGUAGAAGCUGAAAGAGGAAAGUCCCCUUCAAAAGUUGAUCUACUUGAUUCUUCUACACCAGCACCUGUAUCUGGUGUUUAUACCCCAGCUUCAGAUACUAUAUUGGCACCUUCUUUUCCAGGGCAUUCUGUUAGUGCAAGUACAAAUGUAGAUGAAGCAGGAAGCCAAUGGGUGGCUGCCGAGCUAAAUGAUAAACAUGGAAACGAAACUGUUUCCAAUGCCAUUGACUUGCGGUUGUCAAUGACGGGAACAACAGUUCCUGGUGCUGCAAAUUCUAUUCACAAUGAAAAUACUCCUAGCAAAUCAAAAGCAUUUGAGCAGGAUCAAAUCUCUGACAUUUCAGAACCUCUUUCUUUACCAACCCAUGAAGUUGUGACAUCAGAAAGUGAAGCUAUUUCGGUUGAAGCACCUGAAUCUGGGGUUUCUAACGGGCAACAUGUUACAUUUCCAAAUCAUUUUCAAGUCCCAGAAACUUUGAAGAAUGGAUUGACUUUUGGAAGCUUUGAUGCUAAUUUUCAGCUGAAAGGGGACUCAGUCAAUGUUGGUGCAGAUAUUACAGGUGCUGCUGAGUCUUCUCAGGAUAGUGGUGAACCUUCUAAUGAACCUUCUACUAGCAAUGAAAAUGCAUCUUCAACUGUGCAAGGAGAUUAUCCUCAUCAUUCGCAAUCUUUGCCUCAUGUGCUUGAAAAUCUACCACCUUCAGAGGGAAAUAUCUCUUCAAAUACAGACUCCAAAAAUGAACAGUCAAAGCAGGAUGUGCAGUUCCCUCUAGUGCCUCAGAACUCAGCUGUCUUAAAUGGGCCAAACUAUGGUCUUGGUAUCAUGUCUCACAUGGCUGGGAACCAGCCUGUUCAAUUUGAAGGACAUGACCAACAGGUGCAGGAGACUCGUGUUUCAAACUUAGCUAGCGGGAACUCUCAGUCUCUGUCCAGUGCUAAUCCUGCUCUACCUGCACCAAGCUCGAUAGCUAUGACUCCACAGUCGGUUCCUCUAUUCCGACAGACUUAUCCUAACUACUUUCCAUAUCCAUUCAUAUCUCCAUUUUACAUGCCACCCCCGAUGCACCAAUUCUUGAGCCACAAUGGAUUUACUCCACAGCCUUCAACUGGAAACAUGUUUCUACCGCCAGCAGCUGCUGCAUCUGCUGGAGUCAAAUUUCCUGUUCAACAAUUCAAGUCGGGAAGCAAUGCUGGAAAUCCAACUCAUAUUGGCAUUCAAUCUGGUAGUUCAUUUAUCACUGCUCCUGUUGGGUAUGCUCCUGGUACAGCAGUUACAUCUGGAAGCUCCAUAGGUAAUGAAGAUCUUUUGGCAUCUCAAUUGAAGGAAAAUCAGAUCUACACCACAGGGCAACUGACCGAAGGUUCAGGUGUCUGGAUCCAUGCUCCAGGUCAAGACAUGCCCAGCUUGCAGGUCAAUUCUCUGUACAACCUCCCUCCACAGGGACAACAUCUCACCUUUUCUCCUGGACAGGCUGGUCACGGCACUUUCCCGGGAAUUUAUCAACCUGGACAUGCCAUGACCGCUCCUUCAGCACUUCUUCAACAGUCUCAAGCUGUGGCCGGAGCUGUUGAAGCCAUAGGACCCCCAUCUGGUACUUAUCAGCAGCCUCAACAUGCACAAAUAAACUGGAAUACUUCUUUCUGAUCGGCAAGAAUUUCUUUUGGAUGCCACAACGUAUUAAUGAACCACAUAUGGUUGUGGAUGAAAGAUAAAAUUUGGGAUUUCGAUGUGCUGGCCUGAUCUUGAGUGUAAAUAUGGAAUGCGGCCGUGAAAAUUUUUUUUGAUUAAAUCUUUAUGUGGGGGAUAUUGGACGUUCUCUCCAAUUUAAAAGGAAAAAAACAAUUGAGGGGGGAUAAAGUUAGGGGAUUUUCCUUGCAGCUUUUUAUGUUGUGGCUUUUCUCCUUAUCCAUUUUCUAGUUAUUAUUAUUAAUUUUUUUUUUUGGUCAGAUGGAUAGUGAUCAACUUAGCUUUUUUAAACUUAGUAAUUCCUUAAGAUAUUGUUAUAGGAAAUGAAGAGGAGAACAAUAGAGGAGGUGGGAUUUUCCAAUUUUUCCUUUUUCUGAUAUCUCACCUGUAUAUUUUGAAUAGCAACAAUGUUGAAUUAUACGGUUGUAAUUGAUAUAUGAGAAUUUGCACUUUUUUGA